CCUAUUUAUAAGGAGCCUUUUAACAGCAUGGAGUCGGGCGCCUGCGCAGUAGAAGCCGGAUUGUUGCAGGCUCAGACUGGGCGGCCCGUUACCAAGCACUGCACCGCGCAUUGCCAUAAGGACUACUGCCAGCCAGAUAACAACACGGAACACAGAAGGGGAUGGCAGUGAAUGUGCACGCAACAUCCGUGUCCAUUGACAACCUCAGCCGCCAUGACAUGCUUGCAUGGGUCAACGAUUCCCUACAUCUCACGUACACCAAGAUCGAGCAGCUCUGUUCAGGAGCAGCGUAUUGCCAGUUCAUGGACAUGUUAUUUCCGGGUUGCAUUCUUCUAAAAAAGGUCAAAUUUCAAGCCAAACUGGAGCAUGAAUUUAUACACAACUUCAAAGUUCUUCAAGCAGCUUUCAAAAGGAUGAGUGUUGACAAAAUAAUUCCAGUAGAAAAGCUUGUUAAAGGAAAAUUCCAGGACAACUUUGAAUUCGUGCAGUGGUUCAAGAAGUUCUUCGAUGCCAACUACGACGGGAAGGAGUACAACCCCAUGCUAGCCAGACAGGGGCAGGAUGUGGCCCCUGCCCCCAAUCCAGGUGAUCACUUUAUCCACAAACCAAAGAGAAACCCAGGACCACAGCGAACAUCUCCAACAGUUCCUAAAAACAUGCCAACACUACAGCGAGUCCAGCACAACAUGCCUGCCAUAAGGAAGAAUCCAUCUUUGUCCAGAAAUGGGGGCAGUGAUGCCGAGAUCAUGGAGCUAAAUCAACAGUUGAUGGAGUUAAAACUGACAGUCGAUGGUCUAGAGAAAGAGAGAGACUUCUACUUCAGCAAACUACGGGACAUUGAGCUCAUCUGCCAAGAACAUGAGAGUGAAAACAAUCCUGUCCUCAGCAGGAUAAUUCACAUUCUCUAUGCAACAGAGGAAGGCUUUGCCCCUCCAGAUGAGGAUGACCUCGAUGAACAAGGUCACCUGGACCAGGAUGAAUACUGAACUCCCACCACCUCCACCAGCUUUCUUUUCUUUUUUGGCCAGAUUUUUUCUACUCUCUGCACGCUUUCUAAAUCCUCCUCCUUAUCCCUGCUCUCUGUCUCUUUUUCUUUCUUAAUCACCUGUAUAUCUGUUGCUAACCUCCACCCUCUAAAUGUCUUUCCACAACAGUUCCUUCCUAUUAUUUGCUGUUCCUCCUUGCUUUCACUUACACAGCAACAGUAAUAGUAAUGUAAGAUAAUAUCCCAGUGAUUUUAGCAUGAGCAAUGUACAAAACAGAAGUGGAGUUACAACAAUGGCUGAGUUUCUGUCUGUAACGGUUAACAAUAUUGAUUUCUAAAUGAAUACUGUUUUUUUUUUAUUUUAUUUAUUUGACUUUGUAUGUGCUGUUAAUACUACUGUUAGAGCACAGAUCAACACUGCUCAUGUGCCAUCAUGACACUCCUUGAGCCACUAAAUCAGUAACAAAAGUGACUUUUGAGUAACUUUUAAUCCUAUUUAUUUAACUUUUAUUUUGUUUCAGUUGAAUUUCUGUAGUGGUAGAAGUUUGUUUCUGUAGCAGAACUGUUGCAAACCUACUGUAUGUAAAAUGAAAACCAAGGCCAUGUGUGCUGCGGUUUGUGCUUGGGUCCGCGUCAAGCUUUUGUGUUUUUGUUUGCGGCGGGUUUUAAGCAUGUGAAAAUGCCGAAGAAAGUUGUUCGGUGUGAUGACUUCAGAAACGUGAUCAUUGCUCUGCAAAUAUUCCUUAUUUAUGAGCAACAUAUCUGAGCAUGAGAAUGUUACACAGUGACUGUGAAUGAGUGACAUUUUGUAUAUGUACUUUAUGUGAAGAUUUUGUAAGUUGUCGCAAGAUUCUGGUUUAUUCCCACAGUAUCCUAUAGGCUGACAAUGCACUGGCCUUUAAGCUUAACCUGCAGACUAAAAAUAUGGUUAUGUAGCAGUUUACACAAAUCAAUACAGACACAUUUCUACAUGAUGGCUCUCUUAUCACUAAAAUGAUUGUGUUUUUAUGUCUAAUUUGCUGAAAAGAUGUUCAGAGUUUAGUUGCCAUCUGAAGGAAAGUUCUGAUCUGUGGUCAGUUGACUGGUUAUCAUUACUAUCCAGUUAAACAAAGACACUUCGUUUUCUUUCCCUAAGAUAUUUUUAAUUUGUAAACUGGCUGUCAUCAGCCUGCUGGAACAUGCAUUCAUUGACCAUGUCCACAGAACAAUCAUCUUUUGAGUUUUCAAUAAAUACACAGUUGUUGAACAAUG